AUAAGGCUGGAGCUCGAUCCCGCGAUUGAGAGGAAAGGAAUAUAUUAUGCGUUUCAAACAAGGAAUCUAAUUCUCUCCGAUGGGAAGUGACGAGUGUGACUGACUGAACAUAAUAAUGAUGGCAGACAAGUGGUCCGUCUCCCACAGGAACCUGAGCUCACCCUGCAAAUUUCCACUUUCCCUGCUUCUAUUCCCCUAAGGAUACGCUGACCUUCACAUAUGCAGCCUGCAUGACAACCCAAAGCAGGGCAAAUUGAAAGGUUGCUACUCUCUGCCAAGGACAACAACAGGCGAAGUUGCUGCUUUGGGGUACUCGCCAUCAGCAGAAAUACACCCUGUUGUCAUAGCAAAUGAUUCUGUGUUUGUGAAUUUAACGCCUCUAACACCAGACCCCAUAAGGACCAAUUACAAGCUGAAGACAGGAGGACCAAGAUGAAAGAUUUGUUGUUUGCAGUCUGUUUGCUGGCAGGACUUGCGCUGACUAACUCAGUUCAGGCCUCCGAGUGGAGGGCUGUGUGCCUCAAGCUGUGCAAAUGUGAAGUCCGACCCUGGUUCUCUCCCUCGUCCAUGUAUAAUGAGGCUCCGACUGUGGAUUGUAAUGAUCUAGGACUUCUGUCUCUGCCUGAGAGGCUGCCCUCCGACACACAAGUACUUCUAUCACAGGCCAACAGCAUCGCAAAGAUUGACAGUCCCUUGGACUAUCUGGUAAACCUAACAGAGGUAGACCUAUCUCGAAACAACAUAUCCUCAUUGAGUGAUGUCUAUCUAGGUCACCUUCCACAACUUCUGUCUUUGCAUCUAGAGGAGAACUGGCUAAGCAGGCUUCAUGAUAACUGCCUUGCAAACUUCCCAAACUUACAGGAGCUAUAUGUUAACCAUAACCUUCUCUCCUUGAUCAGUGCAGAGGCCUUCCGAGGGCUUAACAAGCUCUUGAGGCUCCAUCUUAAUUCGAACCAGCUGAGGGCCAUAAGAACAGAGUGGUUCCAGGAUCUUUUCCAGCUGGAAAUCUUGAUGAUAGGAGAGAAUCCAAUUGCCAGAAUACAAGACAUGAAUUUCAAGCCCCUUAUCAAUCUCCACAGUCUUGUGCUAACCAGAAUGAACCUUACUGAAAUCCCUGACAGUGCCCUGUUUGGACUCGAUAAGCUGGAAAGCGUGUCAUUCUAUGAUAAUAUGUUCCCAAAAGUACCUCAAGCUGCUCUCAGACAAGUGCAGAACCUCAAGUUUCUGGACCUUAACAAGAAUCCCAUAGAGAGGAUCCAAAGGGGUGACUUUGUGGACAUGAUCCACUUGAAAGAACUUGGUAUUAACAGUAUGCCAGAGUUAGUUUCCAUCGACAGUUUUGCUGUGCACAACCUACCAGAGCUGACCAAAAUCGAAGCGACGAACAACCCGCGACUUUCCUACAUCCACCCGAAUGCAUUCUCCAAACUCCCGAGGCUCGAGUCCUUGAUGCUGAAUAGCAAUGCGCUCCGGGCCCUUCAUCCUGUGACGGUGGAAUCCUUGCUCUUAACACCUGCCCUCGUGCACAUAAAACCUCCUUGA